GACGAGAACAUCAACCGGACUCUCUUACUUUUGGCUCGUGAGAGGGAGCUAGCCGAAGCAAGAAGAAGAAGUGAAGAGAGGGGACAACAAGUUGGUCCCGGAGUUGGAGGAAUUGAAGUUGAAAUGGCGGAGAAUCAACAGCAAGGAGCUGCUCAGCCUCAAAACCAAAACGAGGAGGCGACAGCUGAGGAAGCACCAAGAACUAUGGCUACUACAUGGCCCCAUGGGUGGAAAAUAUCCAAUCUCCCAUCUUACAUCCAUCCGUGGCCGCCAACAACUUUGAAAUCAAGCCCGCCCUCGUGACGAUGAUUCAAAACAACGCCUUGUUUCAUGGGAUCACAAGUGAAUCACCAAGGGAGCAUGUUCAGAGGUUCCUUGAGCUUGCGGGAAGUUUGAAGAUAAACGGUGUCCCUGCGGAGGCAUUACAAUUGAGGCUAUUCCCCUACUCUCUUGCGUGGAAAGUGCUCCGAUGGCUCAACAACCGACCGGCUCGCUCAAUUAUCUCGUGGGAUGAUUUGCUCAACAAGUUCAUGACUCAAUAUUGUCGUCCUUCCAAGACGGCCGAGUGGAGGAAGAAGAUCUCACACUUUGAGCAAGAGGAAGAUGAGACAUCGAGGGAUCCAUGUGAAAGAUUCUCCGACUACUUCCUCCAAUGCCCUCACCAUGGAUUCGAGGAGAAAUUUCGGAUAGAGACUUUCUAUGGAGGUCUCAUGCAUGAUGACAAGAUCCUUAUCGAUUCUCUUUGCCAAGGGAGGUUGAUGAACAUGACCCCACCUCAAGUGACCGAGUUGCUCGAAGAUAUGGCUCUUAAAGGAUAUGAUUGAGUCUUAACGAGGAGUGGUAAGAGAAGCACCGAAAGAGGAGUGCAAAGUGUGGGAGUAAGUGCUCCACUUGAAGCUAAGCUUGACAAGUUGAUCGAGGUGAUCCUUGAGGACAAGAAGCAAGGGAAGAGAGCGGUGAUGUCUUGUGAUUGGUGUUCUACCACUAAUCAUGAAAUUGAGGAUUGCCAAGAGAUGAAGAAAACAAGUACCCCGAGGAGCAAGUGAGCUUCAUUGCCAAUGCUAAAGGGAACAACCUUUAUAGCAAUACCCACGUCCCACAACCCCAAGUGGCGCAAUCAUCCCAAAUUCGCUUGGUCGUCCCCUACCAAUCUAAGACCUCCCUGUUUCCAAGGUCCAACGGGCAACUAUCAACCUCGGCCAACUUUCAUCCAAAAAAUGCCUCAAUUCCAA